AUGGGGGUGAAAUCGGACAUGUUUCAGAUAACACUGUACCUCACCUUCCCUGUGACUAUAUUCUGGAUUGCCAAUCCGUCCCAGUGGUUUGAGGACCUCAUACAGCGAAAGAAGGAGCUGUGGCCACCUGAGGAGAAGCAGUGCCAACAGCUAGAAGAAUUCAAAGGGAAGAUGAGGAAGCAACAGGAGAAGCUCCUUCCGGCUGCCCAGCAGAGCUACUGA